CAUGUCCAGUCUCCGGUGCCCGAUCGUGCGUGCGUGCAUAUAAACCGCGGCUCAUCUCCUACGCGUCCGUGCUCUCAGUGAUCUCUCUGCUCCCCGGCUUGCAAGCUCAGCGAGUAGCCGUCUUCAUAAAUCGGCGAGCUCCCGGCCGUCGGGCGACAUGGCGAGGCUCCCCCUCUUCGCUGCUAACCACACCGCCGGAGCACCCGGGGCGGCGACUCUCGUCCUUGUUAUCCUCGUCGUCCUGGUGGUGGCGGCGGUCGUGGUGUCUCUGUGCACCAGCAGCACGCACGAGAAGCUGUGGGGGCAGCAGCGGGGGUCCUCCUCGUCCGCGCCGCUGGCCAAGGCGGACAGCAGCGUCGGCGCGAGCAACCGGAAGCACCUGCUGUCGGCCACGCUCAGCGGGAUCGGCGGCAAGGCGGCCAGGAUGGUGUCGUGGAACAGGCGGUCUCCGUCCGGCAGCAGCGACGACGACGAGGAGGCGGUGGCCGCUCUGGGGCCGGAGGACGACGAGGCCGUGUGGAGGAAGGCCAUCAUCAUGGGGGACAAGUGCCGGCCGCUCCAGUUCUCCGGGCACAUCGCCUUCGACUCCGACGGCAACCAGCUGCCGCCCCCGCCACCGGCAAGCAAGAAAGCCGCCCCCGACGUCCAAGCCAAGAACUAAUCAACGUCUCGAUCACCGGUGGAUUGAUGCUCGCGCGCGUCGACUAAUCGAAUCAAGUCGCCGUUUUUUCUGCUCGAUUUUGGUGCGCGUGUACGUACGCGCGCGACGGCAAAGGUUGACGACGCGUCCGGUGUAUGACCGUACAUCAGUCAGAUGCGACAGAGCGUAGUACACACAUAAGUGUGUAAUCAGUGUGUACUACUACUCAACUCAUGUCGUGUCCAUUUUUCUUGAAAAACCUUAAUGAGAUUGUUCGAUGAUAAACUUUUUCUUUCUAAAAGGACCUUACAAAUACAUUUCU